GCAGCGAGCCCGGCAGGCGGGCGGGGGCCCCCCGCCUGCCCGCGCUGACGUCAGGAAACUUUCUCGGUGGCUGAGGCGGGAGCGGGGCCGGAGCGGGCGCUGCGUGUCGGCGCGCCGAGGCAGCGGGCCGCCUCCAUCACUUCGCAGAAACAGACCUGGCACACUGACCGUGGGGUUUGACAGAAAAAUCUCUAAUGCAGUGAAGCUACCUUCAUACAGAGUAACAGUGGAAAAAGCAACCAGUGAUUUCACAUGUCAGAGUGAAGUAGGGAAAAAGAACAAACUGAAUGAGUUCAUAUUUCCCUCAAAAGUGAGUUUUAUAUUAUGGCAGCAAAAACUAGACCAAUAAAAAGAAUGUCUGUAUGGAAGAUGUAGUCAUUUAUCAUUUCAUGGAUCGGGGAGCAAUAUUCUCUUGCUGACUAGUACAUGAGAAACUAUAAAGCAACAGUGACAGAAAUUCAGAUACUGACAAAUGAGUGAUUUAUUCUACAAGAGAACAAGUGCCUGCUCUAUUCCCUGGCAAGAAAUUUGAAUGCAAAAGGGUUAAAGUGGGGAAGAAAAACGCAAACAUAUUUGGAUAUAUUUGCAACAUGAAUCGUGCUUUUAGCAGGAAGAAAGACAAAACAUGGAUGCACACUCCUGAAGCCUUGUCGAAGCAUUAUAUUCCCUAUAAUGCGAAGUUUCUUGGCAGUACAGAAGUGGAGCAGCCCAAAGGCACAGAAGUUGUCCGAGAUGCUGUUAGAAAAUUAAAGUUUGCAAGACACAUCAAGAAAUCUGAAGGCCAGAAGACUCCCAAAGUUGAAUUACAAAUCUCAAUUUACGGUGUGAAAAUUCUAGACCCCAAAACAAAGGAAGUCCAGCACAAUUGUCAACUCCAUAGGAUAUCGUUUUGUGCUGAUGAUAAAACUGACAAGAGAAUAUUUACUUUCAUAUGCAAAGAUUCAGAAUCAAAUAAGCAUUUGUGCUAUGUAUUUGACAGUGAAAAGUGUGCAGAAGAGAUCACUUUAACAAUUGGUCAAGCAUUUGACUUAGCUUACAGGAAAUUCCUGGAAUCUGGAGGAAAAGAUGUUGAGACAAGAAAACAAAUUGCAGGUUUACAGAAAAGAAUUCAAGAAUUAGAAACUGAAAACUCAGAACUGAAAAAUAAAGUUCAAGAUUUGGAAAAUCAGUUAAGAAUAACACAAGUACAUACAUCUCCAGCAGGCAGUGUGAUACCUAAAUCACCCUCUACUGACAUCUUUGAUAUGGUUCCCUUUUCUCCCAUAUCCCCUCAGUCAUCAACACCUACUCGCAAUGGCACACAGCCUCCUCCAGUACCCAGUAGAUCUGCAGAGAUCAAGAGAGACCUUUUUGGAGCAGAACCUUUUGACCCUUUUAGUUGCGGAGCGGGAGAUUUCCCUCCAGACAUUCAGUCCAAACUAGAUGAGAUGCAGGAGGGGUUCAAAAUGGGAUUAACUCUUGAAGGCACAGUGUUUUGUCUUGACCCACUAGACAGCAGGUGCUGAUGGCAAGCAACUAAAUAUGAAAUUCUUACGCAGUGUUUUCUAAUUCCAAACACACGUUCACAAAUAUUACCUAUGUGCCAAAAAUUGUCUUUCAGUAUGUUUAUUAUUGUAAGGUUUGCUUCUGUAAAAUUUCAACUUAGUUCUGGUAUUUCCCUGUACAAAUGUAAAAAGUUGUACUUGUUUAUGAAAUAUGAAUUAAAUUAGUGUUGUGUUUCUUUCUCUUUGGUCUGGGUUUGCUACACUUUAUGAUUAUUAGCCUGGGAAAGUUCUUCAGAAUGCUCAUACAUACCUCUCUCUGUUAGCAGACAUGCAAGCAUGAUUUUUACUUAAUGUUUCACAUGGUGGAAUUUUGAAAUGAAGUUCUUAAGCUGUUAUUUAAUGUCCAAUCAGUAAGAUCAUUAAUAUCUAGUUUUAAAGAAGAUGAAUUGCAAUGAAAAAGUGCUAAUAUAUGCUUAAAAGAUUAGUCUGUAUUCCAUGUAAUUAAUUCCUGUUACUGUGUAUGGUUACUAUGCGGUAUUUACAUUGCUGUUAGUUCAUAAAAUCCAGAAGAUUUUUAGAUCUAUAAUUAAUAUUUUAGAAACUAGCAAAAUGCUAGUCUGUUAUUGGCACUUAAUGAACAUAGAAGGACUGCUACAUUGCAGAGUGGACAAAGUAAUUGCCCACUGCUUUGAUUUUUCUUUUUUAUACUUGAGUUGUAAAGUGUCUAAUUUGGAAUUCAUUACAUGAUAAUCAUAACUUAAAAAUAAGAUUCUGAUCUUGCAGUGACUUAAGGAUGUAUGUAAUUUUAUGCAUAAGCAGACACUGUGUUUGCUGGCAUCACUUGUGCAAGUUACUUUCAACACCUGAGAGUCUACAGUCUUGGUCUGUUGGAUUUUUUGCACUGUCUGCUUUAAUAUUAGAUGUCUUACCAUAUUCUUGAAACUGGCCACAAGAAUUCAGUACAACUUAGUAAGUUCUUGAUACACACUAUAGCUGAUGUUACAGAAAUAACUGCCCACCAAAAUUUUCAACUGUUUUGAGUUUAAUGCUUGUCUAUGCAUACUCUUCACUGAUCUUUAACAAAAGCAAUAAAAUGACAUCUUACACUUACCCCAGAGAAGUAUUAUCAUUAGCAUUUUAGUGUCCAGUCUCUAUAUUAGUUAAAACAUAGUUAGUUGAAAACUCUUUUUAGAUUUGGAAAAACAAUUUCACAGGUUUUGGAUAUUUUAUUUCCUUUUGAGGAGAGAUUUUUUCUGGUGAUACUUAUGGUUUUGAUCUUAGAGGCUACAGUUUGCACAAAAAUGCAUUUUGUAAAUUCAUUGUUGCAUGUAUAUCUUCAUGCCUUGUUCAACAAAGCACUUCUGCAUACAAUCUUGAAGUCCAGUGAAAUGAUUGGGAUUACUCCUUCGCUUAAAGUUUGGCAUAUGCUCAAGUACCUUGCUGAAUGUGGGCCUUAAUGUUCUACAUUAUUUUAGCCUUCCUCUUUUAUUCUUUGUUUAGCAUUCAUAUAGAGUAUUAAAUAUAUAAAAAUAUAUAAAAUCACUAACAAAUAGAAUAGUAUAUGUUUCAUAAAGAAAAGUAUAAUUUUGUUUGUCAUAUAGUAUUUUGGAAUUUGUAUAAUGAAGAUGUUUAGUAGCCAUAGCAAUGGCCUUUUUUAACAAAUAGAAUUUGUAUUUUUAUUGUAUUUUAAAAAGCUUUACAUAAUGAGCAUAUAUUUAGUGGCCAUUUAUUAUCAAUGGUAACACAAUACUAAGAUAAUAUUUGCACAUUUUAAGAAAAAAUUUUCUUUACUGAUUUUUAUGAUAGUUGACUGCAGAUGGCAUGGUUAUAUAUUACAUAACUGGUCAAUCCAUACAGAAGUACUUAACACAAAAGUGCAUUUUUAAUGAAAAGGUUAAGUGAUCCGAUUGGAAUUGUAUUUCUAUGUAAUCUUAAAUGUCUGUUUAAUUUUACUCAAAAUAAAUGUUUUUAAAUAAAUUGUAUCCCUGAACAUAAUGUUCAUUUAGUAAAAUGCCCAGUGGAAGGGAGGGUGGGAAGUUGCAUGAGUGUUGCUCAAGACUUAAUAUGAAAAGUGAUUUAGUGUUGAAAUACUUCAAAAUCACCUUAUAUACUGGAAAAGCUGAUCUCAACCAGUGUAAAAUAACUCCAUUGUUUGACCUUUGCUGUUGAGUUUAGCCAAAUCUGUAACAGAAGAGAGAGACCUUGUUCCAUAUGUAGUAGCUAAUACCAGUAAAUAAAAAUAUUUACUCCUGUUUUCACUUUU